GUAGAACAAGGAGAGGGACAGGAUCGGAGACAGAGUGAGUAAUAACAAGGUAGAACAAGGAGAGGGACAGGAUCGGGGACAGAGUGAGUAAUAACAAGGUAGAACAAGGCCAUAAGUGCCAGGACACCGAAGCUCUCAUCUGUUGAAGAAAAUAGAAAACGUUUGAAUCGAGUUAAAGAUGUCAGAUCAGGGUCAGAUCAGGGCUAGCAAACAGAUCCACUGUUAUUCCCAUCAUCCACAGACCAUCGUUACGGGAGCCAGACAAACAAACAGACAGACCAUGGUUAUGGGAGCCAGACAUGCCAUUGUUACAGGAGCCAGACAGACCAUCAUUAUGGGAGCCAGACAGACAGACCAUCAUUAUGGGAGCCAGACAGACAGACCAUCGUUAUGGGAGCCAGACAUGCCAUUGUUACAGGAGCCAGACAGACCAUCAUUAUGGGAGCCAGACAGACAGACCAUCGUUAUAGGAGCCAGACAGACCAUCGUUAUGGGAGCCAGACAGACCAUCGUUAUGGGAGCCAGACAGACAGACCAUGAUUAUGGGAGCCAGACAGACCAUCAUUAUGGGAGCCAGACAGACAGACCAUCAUUAUGGGAGCCAGACAGACAGACCAUCGUUAUAGGAGCCAGACAGACCAUCGUUAUGGGAGCCAGACAGACCAUCGUUAUGGGAGCCAGACAGACCAUCGUUAUGGGAGCCAGACAGACAGACCAUCAUUAUGGGAGCCAGACAGACCAUCAUUAUGGGAGCCAGACAGACAGACCAUCAUUAUGGGAGCCAGACAUGCCAUUGUUACAGGAGCCAGACAGACCAUCAUUAUGGGAGCCAGACAGACAGACCAUCGUUAUAGGAGCCAGACAGACCAUCGUUAUGGGAGCGAGACAGACCAUCGUUAUGGGAGCCAGACAGACCAUCGUUAUGGGAGCCAGACAGACAGACCAUCAUUAUGGGAGCCAGACAGACCAUCAUUAUGGGAGCCAGACAGACAGACCAUCAUUAUGGGAGAUAGACAGACAGACCAUUUUUAUGGGAGCUAGACAGACAGACCAUCCUUACGGGAGCUACACAGACCAUUGUUACGGGAGCUAGACAGACCAUCGUUACGGGAGCUAGACAGACCAUCGUUACGGGAGCUAGACAGACCAUCGUUAUAAGAGCCAGACAGACCGACAGACCAUCGUUAUGGGAGCCAGACAGACAGACCAUCGUUAUGGAAGCCAGACAGACCAUCGUUAUGGGAGCCAGACAGACAGACCAUCGUUAUGGAAGCCAGACAGACCAUCGUUAUGGGAGCCAGACAGACCAUCGUUAUGGGAGCCAGACAGACCAUCAUUACGGGAGCUAGACAGACAGAUGAUCAUUAUGGGAGCUUCACAGCCAGAAAGACCACCGUUAUGGGAGUCAGACAGACAGACAGACAGACCAUCGUUAUGGGAGCCAGACAGACAGACAGACAGACAGACCAUCGUUAUGGGAGCCAGACAGACAGACCAUCGUUAUGGGAGCCAGACGGACAGACCAUCGUUAUGGGAGCCAGACAGACAGACAGACAGA